CUACUGCCMACGGGGGCUCGGUGCCGGCCGCCGGCCUCAGUUUCCCCAUUCCGGGAGCGUCCGCCCGGCCCCMGGGGCGGCCCCGGAGCGAGCGGGGGCUGUGGGGACCGCGGCUUCCGCCACCCUGGCCACGUCCUGGGCCGCCCACCGGAAGCUCCCGGCCGGUGGCGGGGAGGUCGUGGCGACGCGGAGAUGGGGUAACCAAGACCUACAGUGAGAAAGUGACUUUUCCCUGAGGUCACCCAGGUAAAAGUGACAGGGCAGAGCUAAAGGACCUUGAACCUGAAUUUGGGACCAGCCUCCAGGACCCUGGGGAUUUCCACCAGAAGGUGAGCACCCCACUGAGAAUUUUACACCUGCUCAGAGGUCCCAGGGGACAAGACAAGUGGCCAGCUGUGGCUUCUACCGAUAUGCCCCAGGGAGGAGGCAGAGGAAGCCAGCAGCAGCCUGCGGUUCUCAGGGGAACUCUGGCUCCUGAAAGUCUGUGACAUGCUCCUUUUUCUCUGACUCGUUCUCUUGCUCUUUCUCACUCUAAAAAAAUGACUGGAGACUCCUGAAGCCUUUGGUCACCAUGCAGGGGAUUUUUCUCACCACGAAGGGUAAUUCCUGCUCCAUCCCUGCUGUGACUCAGCUGUGACGUUGAACUACACACAGCCAGAGAGGAAAAGAUCAAGUCACCAGAGACUCUGCUCACCAGAGAGGGUGGCCCAGGCCAGAACCCUCCUCUCCUCUCCCCACGGACUCCACAGGGCUGCCUUCUGGCCUGGAGCAGCUUGCACGGCCCCCGAGAUGGCCUCCAACUCGACCAGCAGCCCCCACCAGGCCCCUGAUGAGAAUGAGUUUCCCUUCGGGUGCCCUCGCACUGUCUGCCAGGACCCACCAGAACCCAGGGCCCUCUGCUGCACAGCCUGUCUCUCUGAGAACCUGAGGAACAGCCCAGAUGGGAUCUGUCCCAAAUGCAGAGGGGACAACCUCCAAUCUGAAAGCCCAAGGAGCCUUCUGACUCAGGAGAAGGUUCACCCUGAGGUGGCUAAGGCUGGAGUCGGGUGUCCCUUUGGUGCUAUUGGCUGCUCCUUCAAGGGGAGCCCGCAGGCUGUGCAGGAGCACGAGGCCUCCUCCUCCGCCAGCCACCUGAGCCUGCUGCUGGGGUUCGUGAAGCACUGCAAGGCCCAGCUGGGCCCUGGCCUGGGCUCUGGGCCCAUGGCCCUGGAGCAGAACCUGUCAGACCUGCAGCUGCAGGCGGCCGUGGAGGUGGCGGGGGACCUGGAGGUGGACUGCUACCGUGCCCCCUGCUCCGAGAGCCAGGAGGAGCUGGCCCUGCAGCACUUCCUGAAGGAGAAGCUGCUGGCCGAGCUGGAGGAGAAGCUGCGUGUGUUCGAGAACAUCGUUGCCGUCCUCAACAAGGAGGUGGAGGCCUCGCACCUGGCCCUGGCCGCCUCCCUCCACCAGAGCCAGCUGGACCGUGAGCACAUCCUGAGCCUGGAGCAGAGGGUGGUGGAGCUGCAGCAGACCCUGGCCCAGAAAGACCAGGCUCUGGGCAAGCUGGAGCAGAGCCUGCGCCUCAUGGAGGAGGCCUCCUACGACGGCACCUUCCUGUGGAAGAUCACCAACGUCGCCAGGCGGUGCCAUGAGUCCGCGUGUGGCAGGACCAUCAGCCUCUUCUCCCCAGCCUUCUACACUGCCAAGUAUGGCUACAAGCUGUGCCUGCGGCUGUACCUGAAUGGGGACGGCACCGGGAAGAGGACCCACCUGUCACUCUUCAUCGUGAUCAUGAGGGGGGAGUACGAUGCUCUGCUGUCCUGGCCUUUUCGGAACAAGGUCACCUUCAUGCUGCUGGACCAGAACAACCGKGAACAUGCCAUUGACGCCUUCCGGCCUGACCUGAGCUCAGCGUCCUUCCAGCGGCCUCAGAGUGAAACCAAYGUGGCCAGCGGCUGCCCGCUCUUCUUCCCCCUCAACAGGCUGCAUUCGCCCAAGCACGCCUACGUGAAGGACGACACCAUGUUCCUCAAGUGCAUCGUGGAGACCAGUGCUUAGGGCAGGCGGGGCCCCUGAGGGAGGACCAGCUGAGACUGGGGGCCUGGCACCCACCACCCUGGGACACAGGAUGAUCCAAGACUGACAUGAUCUGUGCAGGACCGGCAGGUUCACGUGGCCGCUGUCAGGAUGGCGUGACCUUGGGCUGGGCCGUACAGGCAGAGGACUAAAGGAGGCGGGCGGGGUGCUCCCGUCCUUGCAGCCCGUGCAACACUGGUAGGCCCAGGAGCGGCUSCACCCUGAAUGUUGAUGUACCCCGAGGGGCGCCCAGUGAGCCUGAGCAGAGAAGCUUGCAGGAUAGGAGGGUCUCUGCAGGGCCCCAGUGGAGAACUGGCCACAUGCUGUCUCCCUGCUCAGGGCCAGAACAAGGACCAGGGGAAGGGGCAGGAGCCAAAGUGGGUUCAGUCUGUCCAGACCUGGACUGARGCCCUCGUCACCAGAGGACCACGUGAGGGAAAGGGCAUCAGCCUGGAGGCUGCAUUUGCGGACCUUUAAUGUUUCUUAGAACCAAGGAAGCCCCAUUCCACACCUGCUGGCCCAGGGCAGCCGAGUGCCGCAGAGACUCCUGGGAACAUUCAGGAGCCUCCCGCCCUUGGGUCCCUCCGUCACCUUCAAUGCCACCAGGCKGGCUGAGCUGGCCCACACCUCCCCCUCCCCUGGGGCCUGGAAGCUCGGUUUCCCCUGUGAGCAGACACAGCCCCUGUGCCUGGUGUCUCCACCAGCCAGAGCCCCCCUUCCCUUCAUAAGACCAGGUCACUGCAGGCCCCGGGGAGCAGCCKUUGAAUGUGGAGAAGGGCAGGGGGCAGAGACCGCUUUCCACUUCCCCCGCCUGGAGGCCCUCACUAUCCAAGUUACUCACUUCUCAGGUUUGACUAAUCAGGACCGCUGGGCACCGGGCAGAGGUUGACCUUUUAAAUGUGUAUAACAACCAAAGAAAGAAUGUUUUUUCAAAUCUCUUUGAGGUUUUCAUCCAGU